AGAGAGAUAGGGAGAGGGCGAUCGUAGUUAAUGGUGCAUAUGUACAUGCAGCUGUCAAUUAGUGUAUAAAUCCGCGUUAGCUCCAGAAUUCGGUGAUGAAUGGAAAUGAAUGAAAAUCAAAACCAAUGAAAGUGUGCUUCGCAGCAAUAACGAACAACCAACGAAAACAACCAGUGUUAGUCAUUUUCAGCAAAUUUGUGUGCACAGUGAAUUCAACUUUAAAUUAUAAAGGAUAUUAUGUGAAAUAAGUGCAGUAUAUGUUUACUAUGAAGAUUAAAAAAUAUGUAACUCCUGUAAAAAGAAAAGCUUUCAACAUACUCCAAUGGAUUUCACUACUGUGUAGUCUAUGUCUAAUCGCCACUGUACAAAGCAAAUCCGAUGACAAACACACAGCGACCCUCGAAUAUAGACUAGAGAAUCAAUUUGAGAAUCUGUACAGAUUUAGCCAUAAUGUAUAUAACGUUACCAUACCAGAAAAUAGUCUGGGAAAGACUUACGCUAAGGGAGUAUUGCAUGAAAGACUGGCCGGCAUGAGAGUUGGCUUGAACUCAGAGGUUAAGUAUAGGAUAAUAAGCGGCGAUAAGGAUAAGCUAUUCAAAGCCGAGGAGAAACUGGUCGGAGACUUUGCCUUCUUAGCUAUUCGAACUCGGACAAAUAACGUUGUGCUAAACCGAGAGAAAACCGAGGAAUACGUAAUCAGAGUAAAAGCACAUGUACAUUUGCACGACCGAAAUAUAUCAAGCUAUGAAACGGAGGCGAACAUUCACAUCAAGGUACUGGAUCGGAAUGACCUGAGUCCGCUGUUCUACCCAACCCAGUACACGGUGGUUAUUCCAGAGGACACUCCCAAGUAUCAGAGUAUCCUUAAGGUCACCGCCGACGAUGCCGAUCUCGGGAUCAACGGGGAGAUCUACUACAGUCUCCUGAUGGACAGCGAAUACUUCGCCAUCCAUCCAACGACAGGUGAAAUUACCCUGCUGCAGCAGCUCCAAUAUGCGGAGAACUCGCACUUUGAGCUCACUGUACUGGCCUACGACCGGGGAUCCUGGGUGAACCACCAGAACCACCAGGCGAGCAAGGCAAAGGUCAGCAUUUCGGUGAAACAGGUUAACUUUUACGCUCCGGAAAUGUUCACGAAAACAUUCUCAAGCGUGACGCCAACUUCGAACCCCUUGAUUUAUGGAAUCGUUCGAGUCAAUGACAAGGACAUCGGAGUGAACGGCAAUAUUGGACGGUUGGAGAUAGUCGACGGCAAUCCGGAUGGCACGUUUCUUUUGAAGGCGGCGGAGACCAAGGACGAGUACUACAUCGAGUUGAAUAAGUUCGCGCAUUUGAGCGAGCAGCACUUUAUUUACAACCUAACUUUGCGAGCAGAAGAUCUGGGAACUCCCCGUCGAUUCUCCUACAAAUCCGUUCCGAUCCAGAUAAAGCCGGAGAGCAAGAACAUUCCCAUAUUCACGCAGGAAAUCUACGAGGUCUCCAUUCCAGAAACGGCCCCUAUAAAUAUGCCCGUGAUAAGGCUGAAGGUGAGCGAUCCGGAUUUGGGUAAGAACGCGCUGGUCUAUCUGGAAAUCGUGGGUGGGAACGAGGGGGAUGAGUUCCGGAUUAAUCCCGAUUCCGGGAUGCUGUACACCGCCAAGCAGCUGGAUGCCGAAAGCAAAUCCAGCUACACCCUCACCGUUUCCGCCAUCGAUCAAGCGAACGUGGGCUCUCGAAAACAGUCAUCGGCUAAGGUGAAAAUCAGCGUACAGGACAUGAAUGACAACGAUCCCAUUUUCGAGAACGUGAAUAAGGUGAUUGCCAUCAACGAGAACAACUUGGCCGGCUCGUUCGUGGUGAAACUCACGGCCAAAGACAGGGAUUCCGGUGAAAACUCGUACAUAUCGUAUAGCAUUGCCAAUCUGAACACGGUGCCUUUCGAAAUCGAUCACUUCAGCGGAAUAGUUAAGACCACGUCCCUGAUCGAUUUCGAGACAAUGAAGCGCAACUACGAGCUGAUUAUCCGAGCUUCGGAUUGGGGUCUUCCCUACCGAAGGCAGACGGAGGUGAAGUUGUCCAUCGUGGUCAAGGAUAUCAACGAUAAUCGACCGCAGUUCGAACGGGUUAAUUGCUUUGGCAAGGUCACCAAAUCGGCGCCAAUGGGCACCGAGGUUUUCGUUACUUCGGCAAUUGAUUUCGAUGCCGGCGACAUUAUUUCCUAUCGACUGAGCGAUGGCAACGAGGACGGCUGCUUCAACUUGGAUCCCACCUCGGGUUCCCUGUCCAUAUCCUGUGACCUGAAGAAAACCUCCCUAACGAAUCGAAUUCUCAAAGUUUCUGCCACUGACGGCACUCAUUUUUCCGACGAACAAAUAAUCAAUGUGCACCUAAUGCCCGAGGAUUUGGGUGGCGAUGCUGGAUUGAUGCAUGGCUACGGAUCUUUCGAGUGCCGCGAAACCGGAGUGGCCAGAAGGCUAGCGGAAUCAUUGGCUCUGGCCGAGAAAAACAAUGUGAAGAGUGUGUUGCCAUCGGUUUUCAGUGAUUUAUCCCUAACACCCAGUCGAUAUGGCCAAAAUGUGCAUCGUCCUGAGUUCGUUAACUUUCCACAAGAACUUUCCAUCAAUGAAAGUGUCCAGUUGGGCGAGACAGUGGCUUGGAUUGAAGCCAAAGACCGAGAUUUGGGCUACAAUGGCAAGCUGGUGUUUGCCAUUUCCGACGGGGACUACGAUUCGGUUUUUCGCAUUGAUCCCGACCGCGGGGAACUCCAGAUCAUCGGGUACUUGGAUAGAGAGCGUCAGAACGAGUACGUCCUGAAUAUAACGGUGUACGAUUUGGGCAACCCAACCAAGUCGAUGUCGAAAAUGCUGCCGAUAACCAUUCUCGAUGUGAACGAUAACCGACCAGUUAUCCAGAAGACCCUGGCCACUUUCCGGCUGACGGAGAGUGCGAGGAUCGGAACCGUGGUGCACUGCAUCCAUGCCACGGAUGCGGAUACGGGGGUCAAUGCCCAGGUGACCUACGCUCUGUCGGUGGAGUGCAGUGACUUCACGGUCAACGCGACCACGGGAUGCAUUCGGCUGAACAGGCCACUCGAUCGCGAGAAGCAGGAUAGCUAUGCCCUCCACAUAACGGCCAAGGAUGGCGGCAAUCCGGUGCUCUCCUCGGAGGCUCUGGUCUACGUUCUGGUGGACGACGUCAACGACAAUGCCCCCGUCUUCGGAGUCCAGGAGUACAUAUUUAAGGUGCGCGAGGAUCUGCCCCGCGGAACAGUGUUGGCCGUGAUCGAAGCCGUGGACGAGGACAUUGGACCGAAUGCCGAGAUCCUCUUCUCACUGAAAGAGGAGACCCAGGACGAGGAGCUCUUCAGGAUCGACAAGCACACCGGGGCAAUACGAACGCAGGGAUAUCUGGACUACGAGAACAAGCAAGUGCACAACCUCAUUGUCAGUGCCAUCGAUGGUGGGGAUCCGUCCUUAACCUCGGACAUGUCCAUUGUGAUUGUGAUCAUCGACGUCAACGAGAACCGAUUCGCUCCCGAGUUCGACGACUUCGUGUACGAGGGCAGGAUAAAGGAGAACAAGCCCAAGGGGACGUUCGUCAUGAAUGUCACUGCCCGGGAUUUGGAUACGGUGGACCUCAACUCGAAGAUCACGUAUUCCAUCACAGGUGGCGAUGGCUUGGGAAUCUUCGCGGUCAAUGACCAAGGUUCAAUAACUUCCUUAUCUCAACUCGACGCGGAGACGAAAAACUUUUACUGGCUGACUCUGUGUGCGCAGGAUUGCGCAAUUGUCCCCCUCAGCAAUUGUGUUGAGGUCUAUAUCGAAGUGGAAAACGAAAAUGAUAACAUUCCGCUGACAAGCAAACCUGUCUAUUAUGUUAACGUAACGGAAGCAAGUGCGGAAAACGUCGAGAUCAUAACCCUGAAUGCAGUAGAUCCAGAUAUAGACCCCACACAGACCCUUACAUACAACAUCGUAUCGGGAAACUUGGUCGGCUACUUUGAAAUCGAUUCAAAAACAGGAGUGAUUAAAACCACUGAGCGAAAGUUGGACAGAGAAAAUCAAGCGGAACAUAUUUUGGAGGUGUCUAUAUCUGAUAAUGGAUCGCCUGUAUUAUCGUCCACCUCGCGAAUUGUGGUGUCAGUUCUCGAUAUUAAUGAUAAUAGUCCAGAGUUUGACCAACGGGUUUAUAAAGUGCAAGUUCCCUCUUCAGCCACUGUCAAUCAAUCGAUUUUUCAGGUUCAUGCUAUCGACAGCGAUAGCGGUGAAAACGGAAGAAUUACCUACUCCAUAAAAUCGGGGAAGGGUAAAAACAAAUUUCGCAUUGACAGCCAAAGAGGUCACAUUCACAUAGCCAAGCCAUUGGAAUCCGACAAUGAGUUUGAGAUCCACAUCAAGGCUGAGGACAACGGCAUUCCUAAGAAGAGUCAAACUGCUAGAGUUAAUAUAGUUGUAGUUCCUGUAAAUCCCAACUCGAAGAACGCACCAUUGAUAGUGAAGAGAAAGUCGUCGGAUAAUGUCGUUGAUCUGACGGAAAACGACAAACCAGGAUUCUUGGUCACUCAAAUUUUGGCUGUUGAUGAUGAUAAUGACCAGUUGUGGUACAACAUUUCCAAUGGCAACGAGGAAAACACUUUCUAUAUUGGCCAGGAUAACGGAAACAUUUUACUUUCGAAGUAUUUGGACUAUGAAACGAAAAGUUCUUACAAUUUGACCAUAAGCGUGACUGAUGGCACCUUCACCUCCUUCACAAAUCUCUUGGUUCAAGUGAUCGAUAUAAAUGAUAAUCCCCCACAAUUCGCCAAGGAUGCCUACCAUGUGAAUAUAUCCGAGAACAUCGAGGAGGAGUCGGUUAUAAUGCAACUCCAUGCCACGGACCGCGAUGAAGAUAAGAAGCUCUUCUAUCACCUGCACGCCACUCAGGAUCCUUCCUCCUUGGCCCUGUUUCGUAUUGACUCCAUAAGUGGAAAUGUGAUUGUCACGCAGAGAUUGGACUUCGAGAAAACCGCGCAGCACAUACUCAUCGUGUUCGUUAAAGACCAAGGAGCUCCAGGGAAAAGAAACUACGCCAAGAUCAUUGUAAAUGUGCACGACCACAAUGACCAUCAUCCGGAGUUCACGGCGAAGAUUAUUCAGAGCAAGGUGCCCGAGAGUGCUGCGAUUGGCUCCAAGUUGGCCGAGGUGAGAGCCAUUGACCGCGAUAGUGGCCACAAUGCUGAGAUUCAGUACUCGAUCAUCACGGGCAAUGUGGGCAGUGUGUUCGAGAUCGAUCCGACUUUUGGUGUGAUCACAUUGGCCGGCAGCUUGAACAUCAACAAGAUCCAGGAGUAUAUGCUUCAAGUUAAGGCCGUAGAUCUGGGCAGCCCGCCUCUGUCGUCGCAGAUACCCGUGCACAUCAUUGUCACCAUGUCGGAGAACGAUCCCCCAAAGUUCUCCACCGACAAUAUUGCCAUUGAGAUAUUCGAAAACCUUGGCAUCGGAACGUUUGUAACCCAAGUCACCGCUCGGUCCUCAUCCUCCAUAUUCUUCAAUAUCAUUUCCGGCAACAUCAACGACAGCUUUCGCAUAAACCCCUCCACUGGAGUUAUUGUAAUCAAUGGAAACAUCGACUACGAGCAAAUCAAGGUAUUCAACCUUACGGUUAAGGGAACCAACAUGGCGGCCGAGUCAUCCUGCCAGAAUAUAAUAAUACAUAUCCUAGACGCUAACGAUAAUAUUCCGUAUUUCGUUCAAAAUGAAUACGUGGGAACAUUAUCUGAAUCGGCUGCAAUCGGAUCUUACGUACUCAAAGUACAUGAUUCAUCUAAAGAUCAUUUAACAUUACAAGUAAGGGAUGCUGAUGUUGGCGUAAAUGGAAUGGUUGAAUACCACAUAAAUGACGAUCUGGCCAAGAAUGUUUUCAAAAUUGACUCCACAACGGGAGCAAUUGAACUUUUAAGUCACUUGGACUACGAAACAAAUGCUGGCUAUACUUUUGAUGUUACGGUUAGUGAUAUGGGGAAACCCAAACUACAUUCCACAACAACAGCACACGUCACAAUUCGUGUGAUUAAUGUUAACGAUUGUCCUCCAGUAUUUAAUGAAAGAGAACUCAAUGUAACAUUGUUCCUUCCGACUUUUGAAAAUGUGUUUGUUGCACAAAUUAAUGCCAAGGAUGCUGAUAACGAUACUUUGCGAUUCGACAUUGUGGAUGGAAAUAUGAACGAAUGUUUCCAAAUUGAGAAGUACACUGGCAUAAUAACAACAAGAAAUUUCGAAAUUCUGAAUAAUGAAAAUGAUAGGGAUUAUACACUGCAUGUUCGUGCCUCCGACGGAAUAUUCUCUGCCAUUUUAAUAGUAAAGAUUAAGGUUCUGUCUGCCAUUGACUCAAACUUUGCAUUCCAAAGGGAAUCCUACAGAUUUUCGGCAUUUGAAAACAACACCAAAGUGGCGACCAUUGGAUUGGUUAAUGUGGUGGGAAACUCUCUCAACGAAAAUGUUGAGUACCGCAUUCUGAAUCCCACGAAGUUGUUUGACAUUGGAAUCAGCUCCGGAGCUCUGAAAACUACAGGCGUUAUUUUCGAUCGCGAAGCUCAAGAUUUGUAUAAGCUUUUCGUUGAGGCCAAGUCGUUGCUGUUCAAUGGAUUGAAUUCGAAUGUUCGCAGAGCUGUUACCUCGGUUUACAUAUCCGUUUUGGAUGUUAAUGACAACUGCCCUUUAUUUGUGAAUAUGCCUUACUACGCCACUGUUUCAAUAGACGAUCCCAAAGGAACGAUUAUAAUGCAAGUUAAGGCCAUCGAUUUGGAUAGUGGAGAAAAUGGUGAGGUUCGCUAUGAGUUAAAAAAGGGAAACGGUGAGUUGUUCAAGUUGGACAGGAAGACCGGAGAGUUAUCCAUAAAGCAACAUGUGGAGGGACACAAUCGAAACUACGAGUUAACAGUGGCAGCUUAUGAUGGCGCCAUUACUCCCUGUUCCUCAGAAGCUCCACUUCAAGUUAAGGUAAUUGAUCGUUCGAUGCCCGUGUUUGAGAAACAGUUCUACUCUGUGAGCGUCAAGGAAGAUGUGGAAAUGUAUUCGGCCCUUUCCGUUUCCAUCGAAGCCGAAAGUCCCUUGGGAAGGAAUCUAAUUUACACCAUCUCCUCGGACAGUCAAUCCUUUGAAAUUGAUUACAAUACAGGAUCAAUCUUUGUGGUCAAUGAGCUGGACUACGAACAAAUGAGCAGCCAUGACGUUUCAAUUCGGGCCACCGACAGUCUUUCUGGAGUUUAUGCUGAAGUCGUUCUAUCUGUUGCCAUUAUCGAUGUCAAUGACUGCUAUCCAGAGAUCGAAAGUGAUAUCUACAACAUAACCAUUCCGGAAAACUCUUCAUUUGGAACACAAAUUUUAAAGAUUAAUGCGACUGACAAGGACUCUGGAGCAAAUGCAAAACUUUCCUAUUAUAUUGAGUCCAUAAAUGGCCAAAACAAUUCCGAACUCUUCUACAUCGAUGUCUCGGAUGGAAACCUAUAUUUGAAGACUCCCCUGGACUUUGAACAAACGAAGUACCAUCAUAUAGUUGUUAAUGUAAAGGACCAUGGCUCACCAUCACUUAGUUCCCGCUCAAAUAUUUUUAUAACUGUUAAAGACUUGAACGAUAACCCUCCAUGCUUUGUUGAGCCUUCCUAUUUCACCAAGUUAUCAGUGGCAGCUGUUCGUGGCCAAUUUGUGGCUCUACCAAAAGCAUACGAUAAAGAUAUUUCCGACACUGAUUCGCUGGAAUACAAAAUCGUUUACGGAAACGAGCUGCAAACUUAUAGCAUUAAUAAGCUAACAGGAGUAAUAUCCCUACAGAACAUGUUAAACUUCACCGAUAAAAGUAGCACAGUCUUGAAUAUUUCCGUAUCCGAUGGGGUUCACACGGCGUAUGCGCGUUUAAAAAUAUCUUUGCUACCAGAAAACGUUUACAGUCCGCAGUUUGAGAGGAGCAACUACGAGGCACAAAUUCCAGAAAACCUGUUGCAUGGUCACAACAUAAUUACGGUAAAAGCAACCGAUGGAGAUUUCGGCACGUACUCGAGCCUUUACUACGAAAUAGUUUCCGAAGAAAUGAAAAAAUUCUUUCUGAUCGACCGAUCGACGGGUGUAAUAACCUCAAAAGUGACCUUUGACCGCGAGAAGAGGGACGAGUACAUGGUGCUAUUGAAGGUGUCCGAUGGAGGCGGAAAGUUUGGUUUUGCCACCCUCAAAGUCAUUGUGGUUGACGUAAACGAUAACGUUCCCUAUUUCCUGUUGAAGGAGUACAAGAUUGUGAUCAGCACAACAACGGAAGCUAAUAGCACAAUCUUAACGGUCAAGGCCAAGGAUGAUGAUAUUAACGAAAAUGGAUCUGUCCACUACCAGAUUGUUCAGAAGUCUAACGAUGCGGCAUCCAAAGAUGUGAUAGAAAUUAAUGAAAACACUGGGGACAUUGUCCUGAAGCAAGAUGCCGCAUCCUUUGGAGUGGGCUCCUUUCAGUUUUUCGUUCGGGCUUCCGAUGGAGGAGAACCCCAGUUCUACUCGGAAGUUCCCGUGUCGAUCGAAAUCAUCGACACAGAUUCCAGCAUUCCUAUUUUCGAGAAGUCCUCAAUCCUGCUCAAGAUCAUUGAGUCUACGCCGCCGGGAACCGUGCUCACCAAGCUGCACACGAUCGGAAAUUUUACAUUUAAGUUCUCGAUUGCAGCGGAACAGGAUCUCUUCAUAAUAUCCGACAGUGGCGAACUGAUCCUCCAGCAAACCCUGGACAGGGAGCAACAGGAGUCGCACAAUUUGAUUGUGGUGGCGGAAACUGCCACGGUUCCGGUUUUAUUUGCCUACGCUGAUGUUUCCAUCGAAGUGCGGGAUGAAAACGACAACUAUCCCAAGUUCGACAACACUUUCUACAGCGCGAGUGUUGCGGAGAACAGCGAAAAGGUGAUCUCGUUGGUGAAAGUAUCUGCAACGGAUGCUGACACCGGGCCAAAUGGGGAUAUUCGAUACUAUCUGGAAAGUGAUACGGAAAACAUUCAAAACAUCUUCGACAUCGACAUCUACUCGGGCUGGAUAACCCUGCUGACUUCACUGGACAGAGAGGUUCAAUCCGAAUAUAACUUCAAAGUGAUUGCUGCCGACAAUGGUCAUCCCAAACACGAUGCAAAAGUACCUGUAACUAUAAAAAUUGUAGACUAUAAUGACAAUGCACCGGCAUUCAAAUUGCCCAUCGAAAGACUUUCGGUUCUCGAGAACGCACUGCCUGGCACAGUAUUAGUUAAUCUGCUCCUCAUCGAUCCGGAUAUCGAGAAACAGGAGAUGGACUUCUUCAUCGUUUCCGGGGACAAACAAGCCCAGUUCCAGAUUGGCAAGAGCGGAGAGCUGUUCAUUGCCAAGCCAUUGGACCGCGAACAGAUCGUGUUCUACAACCUAAGCAUCAUUGCAACUGAUGGAAAAUUCACUGCCAAAGCGAAUGUUGAAGUAGAUGUAAAAGACAUAAACGACAAUACGCCUUACUGCCUAAAGCCUCGCUAUCAUAUCGCCACAAACGAAUCAAUCUCGAUUGGAACCACACUGGUCGAAGUCAAGGCCGUUGACUUCGACUUGCAGAGCAAACUACGCUUUUAUUUAUCCGGGAAAGGUGCAGACGAUUUCACCAUUGGAAAGGAAAGUGGAAUCCUUAAGGUGGCCAACUCGCUGGAUCGGGAAACCACUCCGAAGUACAAGUUGGUGGCACACGUCCAGGAUGGCAAGGACUUCACCCAGGAGUGCUUCUCCGAGGUAAUCAUCACAGUGAAUGAUAUAAAUGACAAUACACCGGUUUUCUCAAUGGCCCAGUACCGAGUGAGUGUACCCGAGGAUGCUCAACUGAAUACUUUGAUCACGAAAGUGCACGCAAUGGAUAAGGAUUUCGGUGUAAAUAGACAAAUCAAGUACUCUCUGAUGGGCGAAAAUCAUGAUUACUUUAAGAUCUCCAAAUCGACUGGUAUCAUAAGGCUGGACAAGAAUCUCGAUCGCGAAACUAUUUCGUUGUUUAACCUGACCGUCAAGGCGGAGGAUUGCGGCAUUCCGAAACUACAUUCCAUUGCCACGGUGGCUGUGAACAUAUUGGACAUCAACGACAAUCCACCGGAGUUCAGUAUGCGGCAGUAUUCCUGCAAGAUUCUGGAGAACGCUCCCCAUGGCACAGAGGUCUGCAAAGUGUUUGCUGCUUCGAUAGACAUUGGUGUCAAUGCGGAUAUUCACUACUUCAUAAUGAGUGGCAACGAGCAGGGAAAAUUCAGAAUGGAUUCCCUCACCGGCGAGUUGUCGCUGAAUGCCACGUUGGACUACGAAAUGUCAAAGUUUUACUUUCUGACCAUUCAGGCCAUCGAUGGCGGAACUCCACCGCUCAGCAACAACGCCUAUGUGAACGUAUCCAUUCUGGACAUCAACGACAACAGUCCCAAGUUCCUGCAGAACUUUUACAGAGUUAAUGUAAAUGAAGAUAUUUCGGUGGGUUCCAGGAUUCUGGAUGUCAAGGCCACCGAUGAAGACUCCGGUGUAAACGGACUUGUGACCUACAACAUCGAAAGGGGUGACAACAUCGGUCAGUUCUCGAUCGAUGAGAAAAACGGAACGAUCAGGGUGUCAAGACCUCUGGACAGGGAGACCAUCUCCCACUACGACCUAGAAAUCCAAGCCUGCGAUCAGGGAGUUCCUCAGAGCUGCAACAGUGUGCCCGUGAAGGUGAACAUCUCGGACACCAACGACAAUGCGCCGCUCUUCUCCAGCGCCAAUUACAGUGUUGUGCUGCAGGAGAACCGACCCCUGGGGUACGUCUUCCUCACUUUCAAGGUAUCAGAUGCAGACGAACCGCCGAACACCACUCCCUAUACCUUUGAUAUUCGCUCUGGCAAUGAGGGCGGACUCUUCCGACUGGAGAAGGAUGGUUCGUUGGGCACUGCCUCGCGAUUCAAUCACAACCUCCAGGAUGAGUUUGUGAUCCAAGUGCGUGUCUUCGACAAUGGCACACCCCCACUGUACUCCGAUGCCUGGGUGGUGGUGAAGAUAAUCGAGGAGAGUCAGUAUCCUCCCAUAGUCACUCCUCUGGAGGUGACCAUCAAUUCGUUCGAGGACGACUUCUCUGGCGCUUUUAUCGGGAAGGUCCACGCCUCCGAUCAGGACAAGUACGACGAGCUGAACUUCGGUUUGGUGUCCGGUCCCGAGGACAUGUAUCAGAGCUCCAAGUUGUUCAACAUUUCCAGCAAGACCGGAAAGAUCUACGCCAUAUCCAACCUGGACAUCGGGCUGUAUAAGCUGAACGUAUCUGUUUCGGAUGGGAAGUACCACGUCUUCUCCAUUGUGAGGAUCAAUGUGGAACUCGUCACGAGUGAAAUGCUCAAAGAAUCGGUUGUGAUUCGGUUCAGCAGGGUCUCUGCAUCCGAGUUCCUGCUUAGUCACAGGAAGACCUUCAUGCGCUCCAUUCGCAACAUCAUGCGCUGCCGCCAAAAGGACGUGAUCCUGAUCACUCUGCAGUCGGAAUCCCCCAGACGCUCGGCCACCAACCGAUAUGUCAGGUCCAUUGAGUCCGAUUUGAAUGUGGUGUUCGCCGUGCGGAAGCAGCAGAUCAUACCCGAUUCCGAUGAGUUCUUCACCAGCGACGAGAUACGGCAAACCCUGGUCGAGAAGAAGAACGAGAUCGAGAACGAAACCAACUUGGUCGUGGAGGAGGUGCUGCCCUCCAGCUGCCAGAGCAAGCAGAACUCCUGUGUGCACGGCGAGUGCAAGCAGAUCCUGCGGAUCCAGAAGAACAACGUGACCACGACCUUCACGGAUGUGAUCAGCUUUGCAGCUCCGUCCUACAACCAGGUGAACCGGUGCGUCUGCCGGCCGGGAUUCGAUGGCAAGCACUGCAACGAGACGGUGAAUGCCUGCUCCACGGAUCCCUGCUCGCCGCAGAGGAUCUGCAUGCCGUCCGGAUCGGCUGUGGGCUAUCAGUGCGUGUGCCCCAAGGGAUACUCGGGCACCUACUGCGAGCGAAAGUCCUCGAAGUGCAGCAACGAAUCCUGUGACAUUGGCCAGUUCACCGCCGUUUCCUUUGGCGGCAAGAGCUAUGCCCACUACAAGAUCAACAAGGUGAAGGCGAAGUUCACGCUGGAGAACGAGUUCUCCUACUCCCUGCAGAUCCGUACUGUCCAGCAGACUGGCACCCUGUUGUAUGCCAGUGGGAAGGUGGACUACAACAUCCUGGAGAUCAUCAAUGGAGCGGUUCAGUAUCGUUUCGAUUUGGGCUCGGGCGAGGGCGUCAUCAGUGUGUCGAGCAUCAACAUCUCCGACGGCGAGUGGCACUUCAUCAGUCUGGAGCGAUCCCUGAACAGUGCCAAGCUGAUGGUGGACAACAAGCAUGUCUCGCACGGCAGUGCUCCGGGUGUGAAUGGCAUACUGAACAUCCAGUCGAACGACAUCUUCGUGGGCGCGGAGGUGCGACCACAUCCCUCGAUAAUCGGCUACGAGGACAUCCAACGGGGUUUUAUCGGCUGCAUGGCGAACAUCAAGAUUGCCAAGGAGUCGCUGCCACUGUACAUUUCCGGCGGAAGCACCAUUGCCGCUCUGAAGAGAUUCACCAACGUGGAGUUCAAGUGCGAUCCCUCGAAUGUGCUGGUGCGACUGGGCAUCUGCGGAUCGCAGCCGUGUGCCAAUAGUGGCAUCUGCAAGGAACUGGACACCGAUGUGUUCGAGUGCGCCUGCCAGCCGCGAUACUCCGGCAAGCAUUGCGAAAUCGAUCUGGAUCCGUGUUCGUCGGGACCCUGUUUGUUUGGGGGAAGGUGCGACUACCACGGACCCAACAACUACAGCUGCACGUGUCCGAUCCACUUGAGCGGCAGGCGGUGCGAGUACGGCAAGUUCUGCACUCCGAAUCCGUGCAAGAACGGCGGCAUUUGCGAGGAGGGCGACGGCAUCUCGCACUGCAUGUGCCGCGGUUACACGGGACCCACCUGCGAGAUCGAUGUGGACGAGUGCGAGAACCAGCCGUGCGGCAAUGGAGCCACCUGCAUCAACGAGCCCGGCAGCUUCAGGUGCAUCUGCCCCUCCUACCUCACGGGAGCCAGCUGCGGAGAUCCCCUGUACUCGAAUUCCAUUUCCACCAAACUGAAGAACUUCUCCAUCGAGCACAUAAGCGGAAUCAUUUCGGGCGUGGCCGUGGUGCUGGUGAUCAUCAGCUGUGUCCUCUGCUGCGUGGUGAUCAAGAGGAACUCCUCCUCGAAGCGCAGGAACAGACUGGAGAAGGACAAGAACAAGCCCUCGUACAAGGAGGCGAAUCUCAACUCGCUGGUGGACAAGGACAACUACUGCAAACCGAACGUAAAGCUGAGUAACUUGGAAGUCAACCAGCGGCCAAUUAGCUACACUGCUGCCCCGAAUGACAACCUCUUCCUGAGCAAUAGGAACUUCGUGAACAACUUGGACAUGUUGCGCAGCUAUGGUUCUGCCGGCGAUGAACUGGAAAAUGUGCCAUUCGAGUACCAGAAGGUGAACCGAAACAAGCAGCACGUGAACAUCAACACCUAUCACUCUGCGGAAACGGAUAAUGCCUACAAGCAGGAAUGGUGCGAGCAGAUGCAUCUGAGAACCUUUAGUGAGAACAAACUGAACAAUGAACUCAAAAGGGACUUCGGACCAUCAGUUAGCCGCUUCUCAACUGGCAAACUAAUCCAAGUUGAAAUGCCAAACGUGUGCCACUCUUCCAGUGCGAAUUUCGUUGAUUACUCGGCACUUGCCAAUGGCCAGUAUCACUGGGACUGCUCCGACUGGGUUCGCAAAAGCCAUAACCCCUUGCCAGAUAUAACCGAAGUUCCUGGAGCGGAAAUAGCCGACUCGUCGAGCCUGCACAGCAACGAUAGCAACGAGUCCAAGUCGAAGAAGGCCUUUUUCGUUCACAGAGAAGACGGAGAUGUGGAUCCGACCAGGGAUAUUGCUGCACUGAACGAGGACAUCGGAUCGGAAUAUUUGGACUCGGAGGCGGAGAGUUGCUUGGAGCCGUUUAUGUUGCCGAGAUCAAGUAAUCAGCCACUUUCAAGACUGAGUUCUUUUAAUAAUAUCGAGAAUGAAGACUAUAAAUCAAAUACAGUGCCUUUACCGUCGAAAGUUAGUCAUUCGUGCAAAGUAUAUUUAAGACAUCCUGAUUCGUAUUUACCCACGAUGCAUUUUCCAAGUGAAACGGAUGGGGAAAGCUCUAUGACCGAGGGGCCGAUUUCGAGAAAGGAAAUGAAAGCCAGAAGGACGAUAAGUGAAAAUUCAGAGGAGGCAUACCUAUUUCCAUGUGCUGUAGGAGAAAUUGGUUCCAACAGCAAUAUUUCGGUUCGACUGUGUGAAAUUGAAGAUUCUGAGUUGGAAGAGUUUUUACCACAACCACAACAACAGACAAACAAUUAAAUGACAUGCUUAAUAUAUAAGAACUACAUUUUACACAAAUUAUUUGACUUCGUUAGAUACUAUUUUCCAUAGGAAAAACUUUGGUUAUAUAUUUUCAAUAAAAAAUACAUAAAUAUA